AUGGCAGUGAUCUUUAAAGCUCUAUUUGUCGGGUUGUUACUUGUCAGUGCCUGGGACAUGCUAGAGGGACAAAAGUCCCUGAAUUCCCUGCUCUUUCGGAAGAUUAUCACCGAAUACAACAGCAAAUAUGUGUCGAAUUAGGCAUCGGUGAGUGCGGACUAUUCGACCGUCAAUUUUACCCUAAAGUUUGUGCAUGCCAUCACGGUGGAUGUGUGGCUGAGGGCCACGCUGAAAUAACGCGUUCCCAAGAAGAACGAGAGCUACAGGAACGUCUUCACCUACGAUGUAAAUCUGUGCCACAUAAUGGGCCAGGGCAAAGGACAGAGCAUAAUCAAUUACUGGCUGAACAACAUCAUGAGGCAUUCCAAUAUGCCCAUGCAUUGUCCCUCAAAAUAGGGAAACUAUACCAUGUUGAACAUUCAAGUGGAUAAGGACACUAUUUCCCGAUUCAUACGUUCGGGUAGCUUCAGCAUCGACACCAUCGUUUACAUUAGGCACUGGCACAACGAUAACCUGACAAAUACUAUUUUUUAUGUGGAUAUCAAAAUGAAGUGA